UCACUUAAUUGGCAAAAACCAUUAACAUGGAAAUGUUCUUGUCUUCUGAGGAGUCCAGCCAUACCUGCCCAGGGUAUAUAAAGGGCCCAGAACAGGACAGGGCAUUCAGACCUGAAAAACCACCUCCUCCUUACUACUCAAACCAAACCAGAACCAACCAACACCAUGUCCUGCUGUGGCUCUGUCUCCUCCAGCUGCGGCCAGCCCUGCUGCCCACCCAGGUGCUGCCUGCCAGUCUCUUUCCAAACCACUGUGUGCCGCCCAGUGAGCUGCGUGCCCAGGUGCAAUCGCCCUAUCUGUGACACCUGCUGCCGCCCUCCCUGCUGUGACCCCUGCAGUGUGCAGCAGGGCUGCUGCCGCCCCAUCUCCUGCUGCCCCACCUCCUGCACAGCUGUGGUCUGUAGACCCUGCUGCUGGGCUUCCACCAGCUGCCAGCCCAUUUCUGUGCAGUCUCCUUGCUGCCGACCCCCCUGCUGCCAGCCAGCCCCCUGCCGCACCACCUGCCGCUCCACCUGCUGCCCCACUUUCUGCUAAGCAACCUGAUGGCCCCCAUAUCAACUCAGAAUAUAUCAAGAAUCUAUACAAAUCCUGCCUCCAUCUGCAAGCCAUCAAGAUCUCCCCCAAGUAGGCCUGCAGACACUGAAUAGCAACUUCCAGCUCAUUCCUAAUUUUCAUUCUAAAAGUUCAGCAUUAAAAACCUCAAAUUUUGGACUUUUUAUGUCUUGUUAUAGAAAUGUAUUCUGCACAUGAAAGAAUUUAUGUUC